UAUUAUUUUUAUCUUUGAACGUUUUAAAAGAGUAUGUAAUUACAUAUAUUUUUAAGUUAUUUAAAUAAAUAAUAUAAUUUUAAAGAAUAUUUUUUGAAUUUUUUAUUAUUAAAAUAUAUUUUUUCAAUAGUUUAUACAAUUAAUAAAAAAUUAUGCAGUUAUUAGUAUUAAAGUAAAUAUAAAUUAUUAAUAAAAAUAUAAUUAAAACACAAUAAUAAUGUUAUUUCUAAAUAUUAUGCAUAAUACUAUUCAAUCAUUUCGAUAUGUGAAAACAUUUAACAUAAUUAAUUUAAAUAUAACAAGGACGUAUGCAAGAUGGGUUAGUCGAAAACCAAUUGCAAUUGUUAAUGAAGAUGAACUUUAUGAAUGCAAUGAUACUACUAUUAAAUCAGAAAUUUCUAGACAAAGAAGAAUCUCUACAAGAAAAUCAAAAAGAACAAAACUUUCCCACGAAACAAAAAGUAAAGAAAUUGAAAUAACUGAAAGAAAAAAUAAAUUUACGAAACUUAAAGAAAAUGAUAAAAUUAUAACAUCUUUAAUGACUAAAUUAAAAUCACGAAAGAAGAGAGAAAAAGAUAAUGAAAUAAUCUUAGAAGGACAAAGAUUAAUUGCAGAUGCUUUAAAAUCUGGUGCAAUUCCAAGUAUAAUAAUUUAUAAUGAUCCAACUAAUAUAACAGCAUUAAAACUUCCAGAAGAAGUUAAAUUAUACAAGGUUCCUUAUAAAACAAUUCAAUUAUGGUCUAGUUUAAGUACUUCUCCUGGAUUAUUAGGAAUUUUUAAAACUCCAAAUGUAAAUAAUAAUAUCCCUGUUAACAAUGCUUUACCACUUACUAUCAUUUGUGAUAAUAUAAGAGAGCCAGGAAAUUUAGGCUCAAUUAUGAGAGUUGCCACAGCAGUAGGCUGUGAGAAAUUAAUAUUAAUGAAAGGAUGCGUAGAUCUAUGGGAUCCUAAAGUACUCAGAAGUGCAGCUGGUACUCAUUUUCAAUUACCUAUUCUUGCAUUUCCAACAUGGGAUGAAAUACCAUCUCUAAUUACUGAAGAUUCUAAUAUUUUUAUAACAGAUAGCAAUUUUGGUGAUGAAUUUUUAUCUUAUUAUUCAUCUGAUGUACUUCAGUCAAGUUUGCAAAUAUUUGAUAUUGAUCCAGAAGAUUUCAAAUCAAAAUUUAUUUUGAAUAAUAAUAAAGAGGAAGAAACGAUACCAAAAAAUAAAAAAAUGAUGAGACAAUUUAUGUUAAUUCCUAUUAUACCAUAUUAUUCUAUAGAUUAUACAAAAAAAGAAUCUGUAAUUAUUCUAAGUGGAGAAACUGAAGGUUUGAAUUUUAAUUCUUAUAAAUUCUUAAAAGAACGAAAUAUUAUUCGUAUCAAUGUACCUUUAAUAAAAGGAGUAGAUAGUUUAAAUGCAGGUGUGGCACUUGGUAUUGUUAUUUUUGAAAUUAAAAGACAAUUUUUCAAAAAAGUAAACAAACUUUGAUGAAAGAUUUCUUUAAUAGAUAUUAUAUGUUUGAACAAAUAAAUACUUAUUAUUACUUGUUUU